AGGCCUUUGCGAGUUUCAAACUGCUUUGACCAUCCUAUACUUUUUCUGUUGUGGCGCCACCCUUCACGAAGAUCGGCGGCGCAUGUCUCCUCCUUCCCCCCGAAAUGGAAGCAACACAGAAAGGCAGUGUCCGACGACGAAAACGCAAGGUCAAAGGCACACGCACGCAAGAUUGAAAAUCGGCGGCUACAAAAAAAAUGGAAAACUCGCCCUCGUCUUCGACCCCGAGGCCCGCCGGGAAUAUUUGACUGGCUUCAGCAAACGCAAAAAAGAACGGAGGACGUUCGGUCUGGCCAUGCAACAGGUGAAAAAUCGGAAAGCACGGCUUAUGGAAAGGGAGGAGUUGCGCAAGGCGAAAAAAGGGGCUUUGGAUGACUUGCCGGCGUCCAUAAAAGGA